CUUUAUAUUAAUGACAUCUAUUUUAAACAGUUUGGCUAAGAUGAGAUAUAAAACAAAUGUAUAAAUAGAGUGUAAGAGUAGGCAGCAUUUUCAGGAGUGACAGAUAUUGUGGUUGUUGAUUAAGGAAAUAACAAUUAUUCAUCUACUCCUUUUAAUGUAAAAUUUGGGAAACUUAAAUUUUUAAAUGCAGAAUAAAUAAUAGAUACAGAGAGUAUGAAAUAAUAAAUAUAAUAUAUAGUUUUGAAUAUAAGAGAGUAAUCUGUAAUAAAAUAGAUCAAUUUAAUAAAAUUAGUACUCUUUAUAAAUGGAGAAAAGAGAGAUGAUAUUUAAUUUUAUUUAGAUGAUGAGUAGAUUGGACAUUUUGCAUAUCAUGAAUAAGAAGAUAUUAUUGAGCUUAAAUAAAAAUAUUAUGAUUAGAUGAAAUUAAAUUAGUAGAAAUAGUAGGAAUAGUAAGAAUUUAAGUUGUCAAGUUAAUCUUAAUUUAUUGUAUUAUCAAGAAUACCAACUUGCAAAACAUUAAUUAGUAUGAACUUAAAAAAUGGAUUAAAUAAAAUAAUAUAUAAGUUAGAUUGCAAGAGAUUAGGGUUAUAACAAAUAGAAUGUGAAUUAUAUAAGAUAGAAUAAAAUCAAAAGAUUUUUAUUAGUGAUAUAGAUGGAACAAUAACAAAAUCACCUGCUAAAGGAAUGAUUUUAUCUACUUUUGGCAUAAAUUACACUUAAGAUGAUAUUUGUUUAUUUUACAGCAAACUUGCUUAAAAGAACUAUUUAAUUUUAUACAUGUCUGCGAGAUCAAUGGUAUAGUAUGAAAACACAAAAGAAUAUUUAAUUCGUUAAGUGUAAGAUGGUAUUCAAUUACCUUUUGGUCCAUUAUUUUUAUCACCUUAAGAAUUAUUAGAAGCAUUUACUAUUGAAGUGAUUAAAAAAUAAACAGAUAUUCUUAAAUCAUAAAUGUUGAAUGAUUUAAUUUAUUCAAUAGGAAAAACUGGAACAAUCCAAGGAGGAAUGGGAGAUAGAUUAAAUGAUAUCUAAGCAUAUAAGAUGGUUAAUAUCCAUUAUGAUAGGAUCUUACUUAUUAAUAAAAAUGGAGAAAUAGUUAGAGUAAGUGAAUAAAUGAAAGAGGAAAAAUUCACAAUGAAAGAACUAAUCUAAAAAAUGGAUUUAAUAUUCUGA